CAUUUUUUUUUUAUUUUGUACACUAUCACGCUGUAUUAUUGACUUAAAUUUUGUACCAGUCAAAAAGAAUGAAACGUUUCAUAUCAACCAUAUUGGUCCUUUACUUCGUUUACCAAUGUGACUGUGAAAACUCCACAUACACAACCAUGUACGACGGUGUAGAUUUAGAUGAAAUUUUGAGCAGCGAUAGAUUGUUAGCGGGAUACGUGAACUGCCUCCUAGAUAAAGGACCUUGUACUCCGGAUGGGAAGGAAUUAAAAAGAAACCUACCAGAUGCGAUUGAAAAUGAUUGUAGUAAAUGCACCGAAAAACAGCGUGAUGGUGCGGAUAAGGUCAUGCAUUAUAUCAUCGAUCACAAGCCAGAAGAUUGGAAAAAACUCGAAGCAAAAUAUGACUCGGAGGGCACAUACAAAUUGAAAUACAUGUCAAGUCAACAAAAGGUCGAACCUGAAUCAAAGGAAAACAAAAACGAUAAAGGUUACGAAGACGACGAUGACGACGAUGAUGAUGUCUUAUAUAACAAAGGUCCGACUCCUAGAAUGGAUUCUAAUGAAUAACUGAAUUUGGAAACCUCUUAUUAAAUAACAAUACAACCUAAGCAAACUAAUUUUUGAGAAAUGUAUUUAAUAUUCGAAAGUCGCUAAUAAAUAUUUGGGGAAUAA